GCAGAACGUGAUAUAGAAGGACAGGAAGACUUGGUGACAAUAAGAAUGACUGCAAUCUGCAAAGGAACUCGCCUGAGGCUCUAACUGUAUUUCAGCAUGUCGAAUAAUCUGCAAGGAAAGGUGAUUGUAGUCACAGGAGCCGGAGGAGGGAUGGGAUUAGAAACUUCCAAGAUGCUGUGCGCGCGAGGUGCAAAAGUCUCGAUGGCCGAUAUCCAGGAGGAGACUUUGUUCCGCGCGGCAGCCGAAAUUGAAAAAUCCGGCGGGCAAGUCAUGGCUACGGCCGUGGACGUCCGAAGCGAGAAAGAGGUAGCAGCUUGGAUUGAAAUGACUGUAGAAAAGUUCGGGAAGCUAGAUGGAGCAGCUAAUCUAGCGGGAGUGUUGCCUAAAACAUUUCAUACUGGCACCGUUGAGGACCAGCAGACAUCCGACUGGGACUUCGUUAUUUCAGUCAACCUCACUGGGAUGAUGUUUUGCAUGCGGUCAGAACUGCAGCAUAUGAACGACAAAGGAAGCGUUGUGAAUGCAUCUAGCGUCGCGGGACUGAUUGGAUUUACGAAUUGCGCAGCGUAUGGAGCGUCCAAGUUUGGUGUCGUGGGGUUGACGAAAUGCGCUGCGAAGGAAGUUGGGCCAACGAAGGGCAUUCGAGUCAACUGCAUAGCUCCGGGAAUCAUCAAUACGCCUAUGUACCAAAAAGUGUCAGAGCAUAGAGGCGAAGGAAUGCCCUGGGUCCAGCAGAUAAAGCGGGAAGGAAAGCCUUCGGAGAUUGCGUCUUUGAUAUGCUGGCUACUUUGCGAUGAGAGUCAGUACAUUAGCGGAACUGUUCAGCAGAUUGACGGCGGAUGGGUAUGUUGA